GAUAUUAAAUUGACGGACGCUUUAAUACAAGCUAUAAUUCCAUUUGAUGUGAUUGAAAGUAAUGAUGAGAUGCAGCAUCGUAUGAAUGUUUUGGCUAAAGUCAAUCAACUUGUGAAGCAAUGGAUUGUUGAUGUCAGCUUAAGUAAAAACAUGCCUCUCAGCAUAGCGAAUUCUGUUGGUGGAAACGUCUUCACUUUUGGUUCAUAUCGUCUCGGUGUUCAUACUAAAGGAGCGGACAUUGAUGCACUUUGUGUAGCGCCACGACAUGUAGAUCGGACUUCUUUUUUUGCGUCCUUUGUCGAUCUUUUAAAGUCUCAAACUGAGGUUACGCAGAUUACUGUUGUAGAAGAUGCAUUUGUUCCCGUAAUUAAAAUGGUAUUCGAUGGUAUAGAAAUGGAUAUGUUAUUUGCGAGACUUGGAUUACAGAAUAUUCCUGAAAAUCUGGACCUAUUAGACCUAGAAUUAUUACGGAACUUAGAUAUGAAAUGCGUUCGCAGUCUCAAUGGUUGUCGUGUUACUGAUGCCAUUCUUAGUCUUGUUCCAAAUGCUGACUCUUUUCGUACAGCCUUACGAUUCAUAAAGUUAUGGGCAAAACGUCGUGGCAUAUAUUCGAAUGCUUUAGGCUACUUAGGAGGAGUUUCAUGGGCUAUGCUGGUUGCAAGAACUUGCCAACUUUAUCCGAAUGCAGUUGCUGCUACAAUAGUUCAAAAAUUUUUCUUGGUAUUUAAUCAAUGGAAUUGGCAACAACCAGUUCUUCUAACUAGAAUGGUAGAAAGUGAUUUAAAUCUGAAUGGCUGGACUCCUAGCAAUUUUUCCGAUCGCAGUCAAUUGAUGCAAAUUAUUACUCCUGUAUAUCCUCACCAAAACUCUACUUUUAACGUUUCUAAAUCUACGAAAACAAUUUUAUUGGAGGAAAUAGAAAGAGGGCUUAAAAUAUGCAACGAAAUAUUUUUACGGAAUGCAAAGUGGACAGAUGCUUUUGAGCCUGCAGAUUUCUUUGGGCGUUACAAACACUAUAUUGUACUGACCGCUAAAGCUACAUCAGAAGACAACUAUAAAGAAUGGAUUGGACUAGUAGAAUCGAAAUUACGAAAGCUAGUUUUGACUCUGGAGAGAAAUGAAUAUUUCGAUAUUGUACAUAUUAAUCCUAAAUCGUAUCCUGGCGACCCUCAGAGGUAUGCUUUCUGGUUUAAACUGCUUCAUUGUAUAUUCGAUUGA